AUGUCAUCUAUACAUAACGGCUUUCGCACGAUUCUAUUCUUCGCAUUACAAUUUACAUGCUGCUGUCUAGGGCAGAGCUUUACGGCAACAGCAGCUCCCUCAGUGCCCCCCUACGAAGAUCAGUAUGUCGGUCCGAAUGUCACGUUCGGUACACCCAUUGUAGGUGACUAUCGCGGCAAGUUCCGUCCUCAGGUGCAUUAUUCGCCGCCCAGGCAUUUCAUGAACGACCCAAACGGCAUGUUCAAAGAUGACAAUGGCACCUGGCACCUAUAUUAUCAGUACAAUCCCACUGGUAACGUUGCAGGAAAUCAGCAUUGGGGACAUGCUACUUCAAAAGACUUGUACCAUUGGACAAACCAGCCGAUUGCACUUUUCCCCUCGGAAAAGACAAUAUAUGCCUUCUCCGGAAGUGCAGUUAUUGACAAAAACAACACCUCUGGCUUCUUUGCAAACCAGUCAAACGGAGUUGUUGCUAUUUAUACAUUGGCAGAGUAUUCGGACGACGGCAGCGCCGGUCGCCAGUCGCAAGCUGUUUCAUACUCGCAUGAUGGCGGGUUUACAUUCGUCCCGUACAGCGGGAAUCCUGUCAUCGCUAGCAACUCCUCGCAAUUUCGCGACCCCAAGGUUGUCUGGUACGUAGAUCAUUGGGUGAUGGUAGUUGCCUACGCUCAAGAAUUUUCGAUUGGCAUAUUUACGUCACCAAAUCUGUUGAACUGGACACAUGCCAGCAAUUUCUCGCGCCACGGCCUGCUGGGCAUGCAGUGGGAGUGCCCAAACCUCGUGCCUAUGCCCUACUAUACGGAAGAUGGCCAAAGAAAAGACGACAUGUGGACUAUGCUCGUAAGUAUCAAUCCAGGUGCACCGGCUGGCGGCUCUAUUACAGAAUACUAUCCUGGUGACUUCAACGGGACUCAUUUCGAACCCGUUGACUCAGUUGCGCGCAUAUCCGACUUUGGCAAGGAUAACUAUGCCGGGCAAUUCUUUUUCGGCGUCCCAGAAGAAGAAAAGCCCGUCUUUAUGGCAUGGGCGUCUAAUUGGCAGUACACCCAAACAGUUCCAACUGCACAAGAAGACUGGCGGAGCGCAAUGACUCUUCCUCGCCGGAGCCAUUUGACAUGGGCUGAGCGGGUUGGAUGGAAGCUCGUCACCAGCCCUUAUGACAUGCAACCAAUCAUGGGGGAAACUCUAGCCUACAACCGGAGCCAUGGCAAUGGGACCCUCACACUUGACUUCUCCGAUGUAGAUUCCAACGCCAUAUUCUGGGAGGUGAACGUGACCGGUUUGCCUAAACGAGGCAUACCAGAAACGGCAACAGUGAAUUUCACCCUGUUCAGUCAUAUCACGGCGGAAUACGUGAGAGGUGGGUAUUACUUUGGGGGUGACAGUCCCUUCUAUCUCGAUAGAGGGGGUGCAAAGGGUUUCGAUAACGUCUUCUUCACGGACAAGUUUUCUACAAACAGUUUGUUUUCGAACGGUACCUGGUCAAUGAGCGGGGUAAUGGAUCGAUCCAUGCUCGAGGUGUUCAUCAACGGAGGCAUGGACAGUGCCACAACGACCUUCUUCGCUACUCAGCCGUUGACGCUCCUAGUGCUAAGCACCUCCAACCUGCCUCUUGGUACAGAAGCGAGCGUCCGAGUCAACGCCCUGAAGAGUAGCUGGCAGGAUAUGGGGAGUUCCAUGGACGGCUUAGUGUAUGGAAACAUGUCUCGGCAAAGAAUGAAUUCGGAGGACAUACGGCAUCUGCUGCGAAUAAUUUGA